CUCUACACAACGUUGUGGUGUAUGCAAAGGAGAGCUUAAAGCUCUGUUUGGUGAUACUAGAUCAACCGGCUGGGCUGGUGAGUGCUCGCCUCUGCCAUCUUCAUGAUUUCAACUUUGGCUCUGGCAGCUUUCCUGAAGGAACGGCUCCAGCCCUUUAAAGCAUCUAGGCCCGAUCUCUCGCAUAGUGAGGUCAUGAAAGAGCUUGGAAAGAUUUGGAAAUCCUCAACAACUUCCACAAUCAACGAUCAGCUUGAUGAGACUCUAGUUCAACUUAGGGCGAUCACACUAUCAGGCGCCAAGCGUCCAUAUCGUCCUGGAGAACUUUCUCAUGGUCCUGUUAUUCGAUCUGCCCAGAAGGCCGCUAGAUAGCCUUU